GCCCAGGCCCGCGGAGCCCGGCGGGGCAGGGCAGGGCCAGGCGGCGGAGGGAGGCCCAGCCCCGACCCGGCGCCCGUGUGCCCCAGCGGCGGCGACCCGGCGCCCGCGGGCUGCGGAGGAGGGGAGCCGAGAGCACGCGUGCUGUAGGGCUGCGAGCCCCGUGCGCCCCGGCCCGGCCCGCCGCGCGCCCCCUCCCCUGCUUUCCGCUCGCCUCGCCUCCUCCCCUCGCCUCUUCUAGCCUCCUCUCCUCUCCUCCGCCGGGCGUCGCUCCCGCCCGCGCCCGGGCCACCGAUCCCAGCCGGGCCGGGCCCCUCGCUCGCGCGCUCUCGUCCGAGCCCGGCGGGGACUGGGUCCCCGCGGCCGACACCGCGCCUCCUCCCGGGACCGGCGGACUCCCGACCUUUCCGAACGUGGACUGAGCGGUGGGAGCGUUCUUGCUCCGGGCCGACCGCCGGGCUGGGCUGAGCGGACCCUCGCGGCCGCUCCGGACGCCUCGGGUGCCGGAGCGCGGACAUUCUGGGUCCGGGCUGAGAGCGUCCCGGGCGCCCGGCGGUGCCAGCUCACUCCGGGCAGGGCAGGGCAGGGCAGAUCCCGGCGGAGCCCGGACCCGGCCGAUCUGGACCGGACAGAGCGAAUCCCGGACGGUGCCGAGCCCGGGGAAUGCCGAGCGUGGGCUGAGGGGAUCCCGGAGCCCUCCCAGCCCUCCGAGUUUGGCUCACGCGCUGGGACCGGCCCAGCGUCGCCUCGGUCGUCCUGCGCCCGGGUCACCUGUGGCCUCAGAGCCCCGAGCCCGCCGGACCCUCGCUGGUUCCAGAUCCGGAGCCUGGCGGGGGUUGAGGGAGAUUUUUCCUGCCCCCUUCCCUGGAGCGCGGUGGCCCCGCCCCCUCCCACCGCUCAGAUGCCUCGGGCCGCGGCUCGGAGGACCUCCCUGGGGCCAGGGGCCGAAGGGUCCAGAGAGAGAAGCCCGCCCUAGGGAGCCUUGGGGGCCCCCCAACCUCGUCUUGGGGCUUGGCCCCCGGCGCUGCUUGGAGUAAAGGCCGGUGCCCCCACCCUCGGGGGCUGCCCUCCUCCAAUCCAGCUCCCUCCCCAAAGUCGCCCACAGCUGGAGCCCCCUCCACAUCUGGAAGACCCCAGCCACCAUCCCUCUGCAGGUGUCAGUUGCAUCCAGAGACCUCUCUUUGCAACUGCCUAGGAGUUGUGAGGGGCUUACUGCUGCUUCCCCCCUCAUCCCAAGGGCAUCUCUUACCCUUAGUCCCUGCAGAGUCAUCCCCCUGCCUCUGUGUCCAAGCUCAGGCAGAAAUCAGCUCAGCACAUUCACAGGCACUUCAAGUCCUGGAGGCCACUCCUGGGACCCAAGGCCCCUCCCCCUGCCCUCCUGUGUCCUCACCUUGACCCCCUCUGUCAGACUCUGUCUCCCUCUGGGUGUCUCAUUUCCCACCCAGAGGCAGAAGAGGCGGGGUGGCAGGGGGCAGGGGCUGGGUGAGGGCCGCCCAGGGCCAGGGUGGGCUGGGGGGCCGUUAAGAUGUGGAGCUCUGCCCAGCCGAGGGGGGCUCUGUGGAGGCAGACGCAGUGUGUGCCCGGCUGGGGGGAGUAUGGGCAGGCCUGCGGCCACCUGGUGAAGGAUGAACAUUCGGGGCGCCCCGGACCUUGGGCAGCCCAGUGACGACCCCAGCAGUGGUGGCGAGCGGGAGCGGAUUCGACAGCGCAUGAAGAUGGUCAUCGGGCAGCUUGAAGGCAUUCUACAGGAGCUCAAGGAGGUGGCCAAGGAGCUGAGGGAGGUGGUGAGCCAGAUCGACAAGCUGACCUCAGACUUCGACUUUGAACUGGAACCGGAUGACUGGACCACGGCCACUGUGAGCAGCACCUCUAGCAGCGACAAGGCGGGCGUGGGUGGCCCAUUUGAUCUGGGCCACCUGGACUUCAUGACAGCUGAUAUCCUCUCGGACAGUUGGGAGUUCUGCUCCUUCCUGGACGUCUCCACCCCCUCAGACUCAGUGGAUGGCCCCGAGUCGACUCGGCUGGGGGCUGGCCCUGACUACCGGCUCAUGAAUGGUGGCAUGCCCAUCCCCAAUGGGCCGCGAGUGGAGACCCCGGACUCCUCCAGUGAGGAAGCCUUCAGUGCUGGCCCUGCGAAGGGCCAGCUGCCCCAGCGGACCCCAGGGACUCGGGAGAGGGUGCGGUUCAGUGACAAAGUGCUCUACCAUGCUCUGUGCUGUGAUGAUGAGGAGGGGGACGGUGAGGAAGAGGCUGAGGAGGAGGUGGGCCUGCCCCCCGAGCCUCCCCAUACAGAGGCCCCUGUGGACCCCCUCAAGCCCUCCCCUGCCCCCUACAAGUCAAGGCGCUCUCCACUGACCAGCCACCGCUCAGGCUCCACCCUGGCCCCCGAACAGACCCGAAGGGUCACAAGGAACAGCAGCACCCAGACGGUGUCAGACAAGAGCACGCAGACGGUGCUGCCCUACACAGCCACCAGACAGAAAACCAAGGGGAAAAACUAGGGGCCAGGGAGGGGACGGGGUGGGGCGGGCACAUAGAGCUAUAAAUAUA